ACAUACAACGAACCAAAAAAGAAAAACAGAUUAACUUUAAACUCGUGUACGUAACAGCGCCUCGAUCCAAUUAAGUAUGCGAGUCAAUUGAUGCCAUGCACACAAUACGUCAGGAUACCAAGUAGGCUAAAGAAAGGGCGCCAACUUUAACGCAUGCGCAAACUCAAACGGCAAACAGUUCCACUCACGUUGCUCAGUAUCCGCGGAGAACGCAAUCCGAACGCACGGGUCUAAAAAACCUUUCGUGCUUACCGUUGACGCGAGUGCACGUAAGAUUGGAGCCGUAUUAGUACAAGGGGUUUUCGUGGUGGAAUGGACGUGAGGGCAUAGUUCGUGCGAUGCGCUUAGCGCGUAAUGGGCGCGCUAGGCGUGAUAGUGGCGCUCGCGCUGGUGGAGUCCUGUGCACCACUCUACCACCACCAGUUCGCUGUGCAUGUGCCAGAAGGAGCGCCAGCAGCGCACGAGUUAGCACACCGUCACGGUUUCGUCAAUCACGGACAGAUCGGCAGCCUGAAGCAUUUCUUCCUGCUGUCACACCCACACUUGAGCAAACGCUCGCCCAACGCCAGUGUAGACUACGAGAAUAGACUGAAAAAUGAUCCGCAGGUGAGAUGGGUGAUGCAGCAACGGGAGUUGAGCCGAUCAAAGAGGGACCUCCAACCGCGACACGUCAUGCGGCAGUCCACUCCGUCCUUUCCAGAUCCGCUGUUCAAGGAGCAGUGGUAUUUGAAUGGCGGGGCGGCCGACGGUCUGGACAUGAACGUCGGCUACGCGUGGAGGAAGGGAUACACGGGAAAAGGGGUAGUCAUAACCAUUUUAGAUGAUGGCAUUCAGCCCAACCAUCCAGACUUGUCGCAAAACUACGACGGGACCGCAUCGACCGAUAUAAACGGGAACGACACGGACCCCACGCCGCAGGACAAUGGCGACAAUAAACAUGGCACCCGGUGCGCGGGAGAGGUGGCUGCGGUCGCGUACAAUAGGUACUGCGGCGUCGGUAUUGCGUACAACGCGAGCAUUGGAGGCGUCAGGAUGUUAGACGGCCUUGUUAAUGACGCAGUCGAGGCCCAAGCGCUAGGCUUCAACCCCCAUCAUAUAGACAUAUACAGCGCAUCCUGGGGGCCCGAGGACGACGGCAAAACUGUCGACGGACCUGGUCCUUUAGCUAGAAGGGCCUUUAUAAAUGGAGUGACAAACGGCAGGGGAGGAAAGGGGUCGAUCUUUAUAUGGGCGUCAGGCAACGGAGGAAGGCAUACCGACUCUUGUAACUGCGACGGAUACGCAAAUAGUAUUUUCACGAUAUCAGUAUCUAGCGCAACCCAAGGCGGUUAUAAACCGUGGUAUUUAGAGGAAUGCUCUUCUACUUUGGCUUCGACUUACAGCUCCGGCACUCCGGGGAGGGAUAAAAGUGUUGCCACUGUUGAUAUGGAUGUUCAAUUAAGGCCGGAUCACUUAUGUACGGUAGAUCAUACGGGCACGUCUGCCUCUGCCCCUUUAGCUGCGGGGAUAUGUGCAUUAGCACUAGAAGCAAAUCCUUUGCUGUCGUGGCGAGAUAUCCAACAUCUAGCAGUUUUAACUUCAAGGUCACAGCCAUUAGAAAAAGAAGAAGGGUGGAUUGUAAAUGGAGUGAAGCGAAAAGUAAGCCACAAGUUUGGCUACGGUUUAAUGGACGCCGCCCAAAUGGUCACAUUAGCCGAACAAUGGACCGGCGUGCCACCUCAACAUAUUUGCAAGUCGCAGGAAAUAAACGAGGACAAGUCGAUCGAAACUUCUUCCGGCUACACGAUAUCAAUGCAUAUGGAUGUCAAUGGGUGCAGCGGUACCGUAAAUGAGGUCAGGUUUUUGGAACACGUUCAAUGUAAAAUUUCACUCAGCUUUUUCCCCAGAGGUAAUUUGCGCAUACUGCUUACAUCACCAAUGGGAACGACUUCGACCCUUUUAUUCGAAAGGACGCAUGACGCCACAAGCUCUAAUUUUGACGAUUGGCCGUUUUUAAGUGUCCAUUUCUGGGGCGAGAGCGCCGAAGGACGAUGGACCCUUCAGAUAAUAAACGCUGGAAAUAAUCACGUGACCCAAGCGGGGCUAUUAAAAAGAUGGCAGCUGAUUUUUUACGGCACCGCCACUAACCCCAUUAGACUACGAAAUAAAAGCUACUUUACAUCAAAUAAUAACGCAUACCAGGACGAGAAAGCUUACCACGUAAACGACGUUUACGAUGCCUCCGAAUAUUCGCAAUUCCUCAACGAAAUCGAGCUCGGAAUUUCGGACAGACAUGCCAAUCUCAAAAAUAUUCCUUCCGCGCAAAGAAAAAAUGUUUUAGCGGAUGCCAAUGAUAAACAAGUGCAAAGGCUAUGCGAUCCGGAAUGUGAUUCACAGGGCUGUUAUGGCAAGGGUCCCACGCAAUGUGUGGCGUGUAAACAUUACAGGCUGGACAACUCAUGUGUGUCGCGUUGUCCGCCGCGGAGUUUUGUGAAUCAAGGCGGUGUGUGCUGGCCUUGCCACGAGUCGUGCGAGACUUGCGCCGGUGCCGGACAAGAUUCCUGCCUGACUUGCGCUCCAGCUCAUCUUUUGGUCAUCGAUCUAGCCGUCUGCUUACAACAAUGUCCGGAUGGCUACUAUGAGGACCCUGAUGCCUACGCCUGUUUCCCGUGCGCGGAGCACUGUGACACAUGCUCCGAGAAAGCAGACAUGUGUGCCUCUUGCGCUCAUAAUUAUGUACUUUAUAACGGUUCUUGUUUGGCGUCGUGUCCGCCAGGCACAUAUCAAAAGGAUGACUUUGGUUGCUUGCCUUGCCACGGGACUUGUGAGUCAUGCAACGGCCCGAGCGAGACGGCGUGUGUCUCAUGUAGGAUCGGCAAUUACAUAUUCAAAGGCCGUUGCGUUGAAAAAUGCCCUACCGAACAUUACGCAGACGUUCAGAGAAGAGAAUGUAUAGCAUGUCCCAUUGGGUGUUCAAUGUGCUCAAACAUAAUAUGUACGGCAUGCAAAGAAAAAUGGAUUUUUACUAAAGGAGGAAAAUGUCUUCCAGGUGGCAACGAGAAAUGUGAUACAAAUGAGUACUACGAGGAGGGUCGAUGUAAAAAUUGCCAUUCUACUUGUGAGAAAUGUAGCGGUUCGAAUGAGUGGGACUGUUUGUUUUGCUCGAGCCCGCUGUUAUUACAGGGAUCAAGGUGCGUGGCUGAAUGCGGGCAGGGAUAUUUUCAGACGGCCGGACGGUGUUCAAGGUGUCCGCACACGUGCACUGCCUGCGUGUCGCGAUUGAACUGUACGUCUUGUGCGGGUGCUUUGCGUUUACAGUCCGGCACGUGUAGAGCUACCUGUGCUCCUGGAUACUACCCUGACGAAGGAACCUGUUCAAAAUGCUACCUGUCGUGUGAGACAUGUACAGGCCCUCGGAGAGACCAGUGUGCAUCUUGCCCUCCAGAAUGGAGGUUAGCCGCCGGCGAGUGCAGGCCAGAAUGUCCUCAAAACUUCUUUCCAUGGCAAGACAGUUGCCGGCGAUGUCACCAUUACUGUCAAGAUUGCCACGGCGCGGGGCCGCAGCGUUGCACAUCUUGCCCAACACACUUCUCCUUGGAGAACGGCCUAUGUGUGGAGUGCCUUAGUUCCCAAUACUACGAACCCAGGACGCGGACAUGCCGUCCUUGUCAUGACUCCUGCAGGUCUUGUUCCGGACCUGGGCCUACAAGUUGUGUCACCUGUGCUCACCCAUUGCGUUUGGAUAGGGUAAAUCACAAAUGUCUGCCAUGUUGUACAGAAAGCAUGGUUUCAAUUUUUUUGAGCACCAACGUGUCUACUGAUUGUUGCCAUUGCGACAAAGAUAUAGGAGGCUGUUUAAACGGCUCAUCGGCGGGUAAACGGCGCAUUGCGGAGAACAUUCGCACUCAUAUAACAGCCUCGUUUUUUGUUGACGAUUCGAAGGACCGCUCGAAUAUCUGGGACCAUAAUUUAUUGGCAGUGGGGAGUGUCGGCGCGGCGCUUCUUGUAGUCGUCAUAGUAUUUAUAGUUAUAAGGUUUAACAUAAAGAAACGUAAGCGGCGCACAGUAUUCCCGCAAGCAGAAUACUCCCAGCUGACAACCCUCGACGAGGACAUGGUCCCUCUGAAGGCGACAGUCCUCACCGUUGCGCCGGAUAAACAAGUGGGCCUACUGGAGGAACCAACAUAGUGAAUAGUCAAUAUAAAUAGGAUAAGCCCUGUUGUGUACCUACUUGCCGGAUGAGGCCUUAGCUUAUCUCAAGGGUACUUAUACGUGUUUUCCCUUGUAACAGUGACACGGCGCACAAGAGUCGGUAAACAUAUCUUUGAAGUCAGCUGUAUAAACCAAUUCGAAAGAGUUGUUCGACAUUCAAGCUACAGACAGAACAAAGUAUAAAAGAAAGAUGUAAAUUUUAUGUUGUUUUAAGGAAAACAUCUGUCUAUAAAAAGUUGUUUGUUUUUUAAGAGCUACUACAGUUUUUGAAGGUUGCACUUAUUAAAGUUACAUAACAUUGUCUUUAAACUUUUAUAUAAACGAUUAAAGCGCAUUAAUCACAGGGAUAAAUUCAAAUGUGUAAAUAAGUAUAAACUGAAAUAAAUGUCAUAUACGAAGGAAAAAAUGACCAAAGCCUCCAGUGUCCAGAGCUGGAAUCGAACCAGCGUCCCCCGUUUACCCGACAGGUGCCAGAACCGCUCGGCUAUCCGGUAACGGUGGCAUGGGUGGAAAUUUCCAAGUAUAUGACAUUUAUUUCAGUUUAUAGUUUAAAUAGUAGUGUGUCUACUUGAAAAAAUACAAAUUAAAAUAUUUUCAUAGAAAAUAAUUUAAUUUGUUCUUAGUGUCAAUAAGUGUUACGUUGGUUCAAGGGUAGAAAUUGAAGGCUGGCAAUCUUGAGGUCCGACAGGAUUUUUUCCUGCCAAUUCCAAUUCAAUUUUACACGCCCGUUACCCUUUUCCGCUUUAUUUUGGCUUCUAUAUUAGGCAAAUUCGUCAUUAAAAUUAUUGCAACAUCUUUUUUAAUCCACAGUUUUAUAAUUAUUAUGUGCAUCUUGCAGAGGAUCAUCCGGCAUGUUUGUAACAGAGAUUAAACUACAGACUGAUGUGUAAAGGUUUGAAUACGUGAUUACAGUGUACAUAGCUUAGGAAUUAUAUAAAAAAAUAUACAGACCACUUUGACAUGGCCAAAGAGUUGUAGUCAAUUUAUAGUGUUAGUCAAGUUCAAGGAGUUUAUAAAUGUAUUGAUAUUUUAUUAAAAUAAAAGUUUUAUUAUUGUUAACGAUGCGAAAGUCAAUUUUGAAUUUCCGUAGCUGUUUGGUAGGAUAAUGGAGUACUGAAAUACAUAGACUACCUAAUUUAUUUUUUUAAAUAUUGUUUUGCUGAAGUAAUUAGUAGGAAGCAAUUGGAAAUUUUGUCACUUUUCCAAUUGUGACACUUGUCAAUACAAUUUUAGUCAGAAAGAGAUGUUUUUAAAAUAUAAUGUACUGUAAUGUAAUUGUGGGCAACAACAGUCCAUUAUUGCACGCUAACAAAUAGUCAUAUAUAGUCAGGUGACAAUUUGUCAAGUUGGUAAGGUAGGCGCCAGCAUAGACUAUUCUGGCUUGCUUUAUGGCUCUAAAAUCGGUGCAAAUGGAUAUUCUCUCGUCAGUGCCUUUAGAAACAUGUAUAAAGAAAUCUCUAUAUCUUAUAAAACAAUCCCCCGCCGCGUCUGACUGUGUGUAUGUAUGUUCGCGAUAAACUCAAAAACUACUGAACGGAUUUUCAUGCAGUUUUCACCAAUUGAUAGAGGAAGGUUUAGGUGUAUAAUUUGUUAAGGUUUUGUGUAACCCGUGCGAAGCCGGGGCGGGUCGCUAGUAGUAUCGUAUAUUCAAAUAGUUACCUGUUUCUAAAAUUGCGGUAAAACCAUCCUUUUAAGUUAUAUUUUUUAAAUUUAAAAUUGUCAGAUUCACUCAACGGUACCUAAUCCCUGACAGUUCAGAGUUAUGUUUACUGUUAUAACAUUUAGGCCAUGUCAAAUCUGGUUGUACAACUCUAAAUUUUGAGGGCAAUUAUCUACGACUAUCUAUUAGUAUCAUCAUUGUAAAUCCACUUUUGGUUGAUGUUCCAAACGUCUGCUGACAUUUUUUUAUCUUUGUUUCAAAGAGUAUAAAAAGUAUUAUAUAAAAGAGCAUACUGAUAUUGUCUAUUAGAAUUUACACAGUUUCAACUUAUAUAAUCCUUUAGGUAUCAUUGCAUAGUGUUUGUUGAAAAUACUGGGGCUAUUUGUAAAUUUGAAUUUGUGUAUUUUAUACCGUGGCGAUAUAUAAAGCAAUCGGUUUAAAAGAUUAAACCACAGCCGUUUUGUACGGCUAUAAAUGGUAAAAAAGAAUCAUCUUAUUAUAUUCAUAAUUCAUAAUGGGUAUAUAGUUCCAGAAGUUUCCGAUAAAAUAAACCAAACAAUGAUGCCUACCACUUUUUACUAACACACAUCGCAAAAUUAUUAUUUAUCUAAUCUAUGUAUUGGUGUGUAGAUUUUCAUUAUAUGAGAGAGCUAGUAUGCAGAUAUAUUAUAUGAAUUAUUUACACGCUUCGAGUAUUCAAUUACGUCGUUUAAUAUUCAGAGUUAAUUGCUGUAGACAUUUGUAUGUAAAUGAGUGCAUUUGUUUAUCUCAGCUACUCUACGUUUUAUUAAACUGUGCUAGAUUAUUUUAAGCCUUUUGAUGGACCAGUUUAUUUCAUGCCGACUAAGUAAAUUAUAUAUACGCCGAUUACGUUGAGAAUAGUAAAAGGCGCACUUAGUUACUGAAAAAUAUGAAUCUGUAUUUAUCGACACACGAAAAUGCUUAAAAAAAAGUGUUUCAUAUAUUUUUGAAAGAAGAUUCAAAUAACAUUCAAAUAGGUAAAACCACACCCGCUUAAUUGAAACGAUGUAAUCUACACUUGAGAGCAACGAAAACGAGUUUGUAAGGAAUUUACAUUGAAAGUUACCCGUUUUCAUUGUUUUUAAGUACAUAAAAAAUAACCAUCGACACACUUUGUCUCUAUUUUGUUGAAUGAGAAUAUUUUUUAAUUAUUGCGGUUUGUUAACCUUUCACUUUCAUCGCUUUAAAGUCUUUAAACAGGGUGGAAAAAAUUAAAGGGCCCUAAAGGGAAAGUGCCUCAAAACCUUAAGUUAACUCAGUUUACUUAAAGGCUACAUUCUUUAAUUUUUAUAGAGAGACAGAAUUGCAUUCAAAGGUUUUUGUUAAUUCGCUUCCCUCGUCCGGGAAUCGAACCGACUAAAAAUAAAAAUUUAAUAUGCAAUUUUAUGGAUAUUUUGUACGACAGACGAGUUUAAGACCUCGUGUUUCUUGGAGAAAUUUUAACAUUAACAAUAUGAACUGUUUCAAAUGUGGAAUAAAAUAACAAAAGUUUCUAUUUUUAUUUUAAGUCGGUUCGACUCCCAGUCGAUACAAGCGAAUUAAAAAAAAUAAAAGAAUGUUUCCUUUAAGUAAAAUGAGCUACCUUAAGGUUUUAAGCCACUUUCCCUCCAUUUUCCACACUGUAUACAUAUUUCACGAUACAUGACAUUACUCAGUAGCAGUAUAUGAACUGAAAUUAAAUUUCAACUUACUACUACUACUUACUACUAGUACUAAAACACCUUAUCAAUUAUUGUUGACUUAUGUAAUAUUAAAAUUAUUUAUCAUAAUCUAUGUAGGUGUACUUACUUACAAAUCGGACCACUGAUUUAUUGUGUUUUCUUAGGGACCUAAUUAUCCUUCGCUCGUUGCUAUUUUGACUGAGUUUGUAUGAAACGAGAUAUGUUUAAAUCCAUUUCGUUUAAUAAAUUUUUAUACUCCAAUUAAAUAUGUCUUAUUUUUUCAGACUAUUUAAUAACACGUUUUGUCUUAUUUUGCGUGCAUGGCCUGUUUUCCUAAAAUAAUUCUUUAAUCGCGAGCAAGGUACUUUAAAAGUAAAUGUACUUAACCAAAGUUUUAUGUCUAUUAAUGUUGUCCUGUAUAUUAUUAUUGUGUUAGUCAUGUUUCAUUCUAGUCUAAUGUUAACAUAUCUUAAAAUAAUUUGGUUCGUUGAAAUUGUUAGUUCGUGGAUAUAACGAGCGGUUGUAUAUACAUUUAAACUGCAAAGUCGAAUGAUUUCAUGUAAAUAUGUAUAAAAUGUAAAUACAUCGAUGGUUUUUAUGAUGGCACAA